GGCGUGUGACGGUGCCGGCAAGGUCGGGCUGUCUCUCUCCGUCGGUCGGUCGGGCGGGUGUUGACGACCAUGGCCGAUUACCGCGCCGCGCCGCUCGCCUCCCGGCCCCACACCCUGGACCCCGCCGAGUACGUGCAGCUGAACGCCGAGCAGCGCCGCGCCCAGGGGGAACGGCUCGCCAUCCGCGCCCGCCUCAAGCUGCAGUAUCUGCGGCAGCUCAACCAGCCCGACCCCGCACACCUCAUAGAAGACCCUGCCCUAAGUCGUUGGGUUUACGCUCGCACUCUCAACCACAUCUAUCCCAACUUUCGUCCAAGUCCUAAGACGUCUCUGUUAGGAUUUGCCUGUGGUGUCUUGCCACUGUUUUUCUGGUAUUACGUCUUCAAAACAGAUCGGGAUCGUAAAGAAAAACUGAUCCAGGAAGGAAUGGAGCGGCCUUUUAGUUUGUCGUCGUGAGCACUUGAAGCAGAGUCGGUGGAGAUGACGUAUAUAUACAGUAUAUUACACAGACCAUCAUUAUCACUAAUAAAUGUUGCUAAUCAUC